AUGGCUGCCGAAACUUCCCCAGUAUCAGUUAUCAACGAGACGUUGGCCGAUGUUGCUCCUCCGCCAGAGGCCCAAGUGCCUCCAGAUUGGCGCGAGGUGGAUGUCGAUUUUGACCAAAUGACCGCCAAAUACAACGAUGAGAGAAUAAGGCGCCUCCAAAGGGCUGGUCUUGAAAAUUACCACCAUGUGGUUGACACCAACCUCAGUAUCCUUCCGGAAAUGGUAGGUGACCCGUUUGCCAAGCCAGUCAUACGCGACCCAGUCACGGAGGAGAGUGAUAUUGCUAUCAUCGGUGGUGGUGUUGGUGGUGUUUUAAUGGCUUGCCGUCUUGUCAAAGCCGGGUUCCAGAAUAUCAAGAUCGUGGAAAAGGCUGGGGAUUUCGGCGGAACGUGGUAUUGGAAUCGAUACCCAGGCGUUCAGAUUGAUAUUGAAUCUUAUAUCUACAUGCCCAUGCUUGAGGAUACUGGAUACGUCCCAGUGCGAAAGUACUCCUACGGAAAUGAAAUCUAUGAGUAUCUAUGCUCUCUCGCUCGCCAAUUCGGGUUGUAUGACAAGGUCUUGUUCCAGACAGGCUGCCGUGAGGUGCGGUGGGAUGAAGCCACCUUACGCUGGCACAUGAAGACUACGAGAGAUGACCUCAUCACGUCAAAGUUCCUCGUUUCGGCAUGUGGGCCUUUCGACAACCCUAAAUUCCCCGGUAUCGUCGGCGUCGAGACUUUCAAAGGUAAGCAGAUGCACACUAGCCGCUGGGACUACGACUAUUCUGGGGGGGAUACGGAAGGAAAUUUGACCAAGUUGGCUGAUAAGCGCGUGGGAAUCAUCGGAACUGGCGCCACAGGUGUCCAGGUCACUCCCCAUCUCGGCAGAUGGGCCAAGGAACUUUAUAUCUUCCAACGUACCCCAGCAUCAGUCGAUAUGCGUAACAAUCGGCCAACAGACAAAGACACCUUCUUGAAGCAGCCAGCUGGUUGGCAACGCGAGCGUAUGGACAACUUUGCCGCUAUCUGCACAGGCCACAAAGUGGAAAGGGACUUGGUCGAUGAUGGAUGGACUUCAGCCCUACAAACCUUGACUGGCUGGUAUGGCCAAGGCAAGACAGGUCAUCACGAAUCUCUGACUCCUGAAGAGACAGCCAAGGGUCUGCAAUUGGCUGAUUAUAAGAAGAUGGAGUCGCUUCGCAAACGCGUGGAUCAAAUUGUCAAAGACCCCAAGACUGCCGAGGCUCUCAAGCCUUAUUUCAACCAAUUCUGCAAGCGGCCGUGUUUCCAUGACGACUACCUCCCGACAUUCAAUCGACCAAGUGUUACCCUUGUGGACACUCGGGGCCAGGGCGUGGACCGAAUCACGGAGAAGGGCAUCGUGGCAAAUAGCAAGGAAUAUGAACUCGACUGUAUCGUCUAUGCUACCGGGUUCGAGUAUAACAGUGACUGGACACUUCGUCACAGCGUUAACAUUUAUGGUGUCGACGCUCAGGGCAUCUCGGAGAAAUGGUCCGACGGUCCUCUUACCCUUCACGGAUGGGCAACCAAUGGCUUCCCUAACUGCUUCAUCGUAAACUCGGCGCAGAACGCUGGCUUCCCCAACUAUCAUAACAGCUUGAUCGACCAGGCUGCUCAUCUAGUCUACAUCAUGACCAAGGUGAAGAAUGAAAACAUCGAACGCUUCGAGGUUACUGCCGAAGCUGAGCAGACAUGGAUGGAAGAAAUUUACAGAAAAAGCAAAGAUCGCACCGAGUAUCUUUUGGCUUGCACGCCUGGCUACUACAACGACGAAGGCGCGGUUUCAAAGAAGACUGCUCGGAACAAUCCCUAUGGCGGGAACAGCAUGGAUUUCUUGAGAAUUGCGCGUAACUGGAGGUCCGCGGGCGGUCUGCCGGGUCUGAGUGUUCGGUAUGCUUCGGCAGCAACUUGA